CACAUAGAUAGUUUGAAACUAAAUCUUAAACCUAGCAAUCCUACAUAAAUGGUUUAAUGCUCUCCUUUUAGGAAUAAUAUGCCACUAAUUAAAAAGAAAUAGAGAAUUGUUGAUUCAAGUCAACUAUAUACUAACAACUCAACUAUAAGGGGACCAUCAAUACUUGAGAGCAAACGACAAAAUUAGGGUUACCUCCAAUAUACUAAUAGACUCGAUCAAAGUAAUAAGGAACAAAAUUUCCUUAUCUAUCAAUUCCAGUAUGUUGAAUAAAGAAUUGACUUACUUUAGUAAAUCAAUCAAGAACAAAGAUAAAAAUAGGUUGUGAUAGCUACAAAAACCAUAAACCUAUAGAUUCAAUAACCACCACUCUCCGUUGUACAGCCAAGAUUUUAUCCACUCUAUCUUCUAUCUCAAGAUACAUAUGUUUCCACCAAAAAUUCGAUUUCUAAUCCUCCUUCUUAGAUCGGGUUUUGGAAGAGAUUUUAGUGAUCCUUAGUGGGGUACUCCUACAAGGUGAAGCUAAGAUGUCUCUAGUACAAGUAAAACUUCCACCCGUUGAACGGUUUGCCUACUUGAGGAUGUGUUUUUAAGGGCACGGAUAGAGCUUCCGACCCCCCCUUAAUUUCAUUGACCCUCCACACGAGUUGAGGAAAAGGAGUUAAAAGAAGUACUCUGGCGAGGGCCAGAUGUACAGAAAUUGCUCUUGCUCGACUAAUAAGGGUCGACCGUGCAAAAGACUGCAGUUGGAACCCCCGCUAAGUGAAUGAAACGAAAAAAAAAAGAAGAAAUAAAGUGAAAGUGAAAAAGGGGUUCCAACGGUGAAAUGAAGCGAAAGAGCACCCCGGUACAACGAGUCCCUGGUUGUGAAUGAUAUGAGUCCCUUUAUCCAUGAACUGACUGUCUUACUUCUACUUCUUCGCAUGAUCCUGGCUUGAGUCUAGUACUCGCUUUGAGAGAGAUAGGGAACAUCUUAGAAGACCAGUUGACCUCGUAAGCUGCUUUAUGAUCUAGAAAAUCCUCUACCGACUAUCGGGGUUGUUUGUUGCUAUAGAGGUCUGGAGAGUUGCAUUGGUUUGUGUUAGGUUUGCUUGGGGACAAACAAACGGUUAAGUGUGGGGGAGUUUGAUAGACCAAUAAUUACACAUGUUUCUACCCCUAUUCUUGAGCCGUUUGAGAAGUCGAUUCCCACUUUUUAGGCCGAUUUCACGCUAGGUUGUUCGUGUUUGUGAUAUUUCAGGUCCUAGCACAUGAAUGAAGGCUUGGGAACGAGUUCGGGGUCAAUUGGACGAAGAUUGGACGUUUGGCGAGAAGCUGGGAAGCCACACGGGCACCAUUGCACCUCACACGGCCGUGUAGGGGCCCCUUGUGGCCGUGUGAAGGCUCGGUAAAGGCCACACGGGCAUCCUGGGGAGCCACACUGCCGUGUGGCCUCUGCCCGUGCAGCUUGCCUGGUUGCCCACUAAUCGAAACGCCACAUUUGGACUCUCACACGGGCAGCUGGGAAAGUCACACGGCCGUGUGGCCUGGCCGUGUGAGUCAGGAAUUUCUGGUUUUAAGCCAAUUUCGAGCCAAAGGAGAGAGAGAGCUGGGUUUUGGAUCCCAAACACCCAAGGGACGAACCCUGGAGAGAGAGAGCGACUUGGGAACAUUCUUGGAGCUAUUUUGGAGGAUUUCUUCGCCAUUGGAGCUCGGGAAUCAAGCUUGGAGAUGGAGAUUGAAGAUCUAGAUCAAAUUUCUGCAGUCUCUCUCUCUUCUCUAUGGAGUAACUUUCCUUCACUUAGGUUUUGAGGAACCCUAGUUCCAUGUGUUAGGAUCUUUCUUGUAUGAAGUUUUGGAUGCUAUAUUGUUUGAUUAUAAUCGAUUGAGCCAUGAUUUAUUGAGUCAAUUGAAUCUUGAUCAAAUUCUCUUGAUUUCUGCUUUAACCUAUGAUAGAUAGAAUCUGAUUAGGUUAAGAGAGCUUCCUUGAUUGAUAGUGGUGAAUUGGUUGUGUGAGAGUCGAUCAAUUCACUGCUUUGUACUGGAAUUCAUUCCAGUAGUGGAGAUCUGUGUGAAUCGCCUUAGCAGUCUAUCCCGGUGAAGGCUAGUCGCCUGCCGGGUAUUCUGUCUAAGAGGGCUUGGUCAGCUUAAGAGAUUCCAAGCUAAUUUAGGAUCUUCCGCAGUUUAAUCAACAGUAGAUCAACCAAAGGUAAUUGCAAUUUGGACCUAAUUGAGGAGCUAGGGGGAAUCAUACCUAAGUGAGUUCCCAACUUGUAAUUAGUAGAGUAGUCAGUAGAGUAGUUUAUAAAUCAAUCCUUAAUCUAGUUUGCUAGAUAAUGAACUGAAGCUGAGUAAUAGUAACUCUAGAGACCCGUGGAUUCGAUAUUUAUUACUUGUGCCACUAUAUUGCAGUCCCUUUUAUUGGUUACACUUGGCCAUUGUUAGGUGUUGUGUCGUAGCGAGUCAGCCACAAUUCCUACCUUGAGCGAGAGGGCGGUGGUCCCCCUGAAGGCUGAGCUUGGGAGAUAUCUUGGUAUCCUUGGCAUUCACGGUCGGGUGACUUCUGGGAGAUAUCAGGGCCUUCUCCUCCGCAUCCAAAAGAAGCUAGCUCCGUGAAAGGCCAAGCGUUUGUCCUUGGCAGCUCGUCUCACUGUUUCCAGGUCUAUAAUUUCCUCUCUUCCCACUUACCACAUGCACACUGAGUUACUACCUAAAGGAGUUUGUGCUUCUAUUGAUUGUAUCAACAGGAACUUUGUCUGGGGAGAGGAAGAAGGGAAAUCGAAAAUCCACCUGGUUGGAUGGGAGAAGAUAACCUUGCCGAAGAAUCAAGGAUGUGCUGGCCUCCGCUUCGUAUGAAAUGCCAACCUAGCCAUGCUUUCUAAAAGCGGGUGGAGACUCUUAAAAGAGAAGGACGUGCUUUGGACGCAGGUGGUCAGAGAUAAGUACGGGUGGAGCAAAAAGAAUCUGGAUCUUUUUAGACCAGUUCAGGGAAGUUCCUUUACCUAGAAAAGCAUAACCAGAGCUUCCUCCCUGUUGAAAGGAGGAUGUGCUUGGAAUAUAAAGAAUGGGAAUGCUACUAAAUUUUGGCAUGACUCUUGGAUUGUGCAGGAACCUCUCAAGAAUUUGGCGGUUGAGGAAAUUCCUAAUCCGCACAUGGAGGAGUCUGUGGCGGACUUUGUGACAGCAGAGGGAGAAAAUCACAUAUGUUUGGGUAUAUGUUUGAGGAUAUUCUUCCUCAAGGCAUUCAGCAGAAAAUCACAGGUGUGGCGGUAGAUAAGCUCUCCAGCAAGGAAGAUACCCUGUUCUGGACCUUGUCAUCAACCGGGAGAUUCACAACGAAGUCAGCCUACCAGUCUCUUCUGCCUCAAGAGCCGGAUCGGGAUGAAAAGUUUUGGAAGAUCAUUUGGAGUCUGCCUAUGCCGGAAAGGAUCCGUUGUUUUAUGUGGAUGGUUUGCCUGGGCAGAAUUGCGACUAAAGCUCUUCUUUUUUCCAGGAAGUCAGCUAAUUCUCCCCACUGUGUUCGAUGUAAUGGCCGAGCCGAGACCGUCCUUCACAUCCUCAGGGACUGCCCCUCGGCGGCCAACUUUUGGACGAGACAGGUCCCCAUUACUAGACAACAGAGAUUCUUCUCGGCGGACACAUCAGCAUGGCUUCGGAUGAACUUAGCUGCCGGGGAUGACGAGCACCUGGGGGAUGGUUGGGCGGCGUUGUUCAGUAUUGCCGCUUGGCUCCUGUGGAAAAAUAGAAACGACAUGUGCUUCAAAGGUAUUUCCUCCACCCUCACUCCGCCCUCCUUGGCCCAUUCGAUUCUUGCUAAGGCCAAGCACUAGAGGGAAGCUUGGACUGCACCAUGCCUUUUGCCGACUGGGAGGGCGUCUGAUGACUCGAUAUUUGCACAUGUUUUCCCCUUUGUUUCUUGAUCGUUUGAGCUUUAAUUAUCGCGUCUUUGGCCUAUUUUAUGCUAGGUUGUGUUACUUUGUCACAUUUCAGGUCCUAGCACAUAAAGUGAAGCAUAGGCGAAAGUUUCAAGUCAAUCAGAGAUCAAUUGGCGAUUCGGGAGAAGAAACUCGGCAUGACCUGAAGAAGAAGAAUGGAUUUAUACCUCACUUUAUGGAAAAAGAUUCAUGCAAUCUUGUCAUUAAAAUAAAUAGGACGAGACUACGAGCGUCUGGGAUCAAACGGCGACUGAUUCAGAGUCCGGAUGAGGGAGAAACGAAGCAUUGAAUAUAGGGGAACAGGUUCG